GCCAUGCCCUCUUCUUACUCGGUGACAGUGGCGACGGGCAGCCAGUGGUUCGCAGGCACCGACGACUACAUCUACCUGAGUCUCCUGGGCUCCGAGGGCUCCAGCGAGAGGCACCUCCUGGACAAGGCCUUCUACAACGACUUCGAGAGGGGCGCCAUUGAUACUUAUGACGUGACAGUGACAGAAGAGCUUGGGGAGAUCCAGUUGAUAAAAAUUGAGAAACGGAAGUACUGGUUCCCUGAUGACUGGUAUCUGAAGUAUAUCACUGUGAAAACACCAAAUGGUGACUACCUGGAGUUUCCAUGUUACAAAUGGAUUACAGAUGAAAAAGAGGUAGUUCUCCGAGAUGGAAGGGCUACGAUUUAUGGGGAUGACAAGACUCAUAUGCUUAAGCAUCACAGAUCAAAAGAAUUGGAGGAGCGCCAGAAAUUGUAUCGGUGGGCAGAAUGGCAGCCAGGCUUUCCACUGAACAUAGAUGCCAAAUCUCACAAGGAUUUGCCUCGCAACAUCCAAUUUGACAGUGAAAAAGGAGUUGAUUUCAUUUUGAAUUACACCAAGGCAAUGGAAAAUCUCUGUGUUAAUCGCUUCAUGCAUAUGUUCCAAUCUUCCUGGAGUGACUUUGCAGAUUUUGAAAAGAUCUUUGUCAGAAUAACCAAUACAAUUUCUGAGUAUGUGAUGCAGCAUUGGCAAGAAAAUUUUAUGUUUGGAUACCAGUUUCUGAAUGGGUGCAAUCCUGUAUUGAUCCGAAAGUGCACAGAAUUACCAAAGAAGUUUCCAGUGACUACAGAAAUGGUAGAAUGCAGUUUGGAGAGGAAUCUUACUCUGGAAGAGGAAAUAAAGCAAGGGAACAUUUUCAUAGCGGAUUAUGAGCUUCUGGAUGGUAUUGAAGUCAAUAAGAGAGAUCCCUGCACGUUACAAUAUUUGGCUGCUCCAAUCUGCUUACUGUAUAAGAAUCUGGAGAACAAGAUUGUUCCUAUUGCAAUCCAGAUAAACCAAGAUCCAAAACCAGACAAUCCUAUUUUCCUCCCAUCUGAUGCCAAGUAUGAUUGGUUAUUGGCUAAGAUUUGGGUUCGAUCUUCUGAUUUUCACAUACAUCAGACAGUUACCCAUCUUCUCAGGACUCACUUAAUUUCUGAAGUGUUUGCAGUGGCAAUGUUUCGGCAGCUGCCUUCUGUCCAUCCUCUGUACAAGCUCCUUGUGUCUCAUGUACGAUUUACAAUAGCCAUCAACACCAAAGCCCGUGAACAGCUUAUAUGUGAAUAUGGCCUUUUUGAUAAGGCAAAUGCUACUGGAGGAGGCGGACAUGUGCAGAUGGUUCAGCGAGCAAUGAAGCAAACCACCUACAGUUCCCUCUGCUUUCCUGAAGAAAUCAGGGCACGACACAUGGAAAGUUACGAAGAUAUUCCGUACUACUACUAUCGAAAUGAUGGUCUCAAGGUGUGGGAAGCAAUAAGGAGCUUUGUGACAGAUGUUAUCAACAUCUAUUAUGAGAGUGAAGAGAGAGUGUGUGAAGAUGUGGAGCUCCAGGCCUUUGUGAAGGACGUUUAUAUCUAUGGGAUGAGAGGCAACAAGGCUUCAGGAUUUCCUAAGACAAUCAAGACACGGGAGAAGCUGUCAGAAUAUCUUACUGUAGUGAUAUUCACAACAUCAGCACAACACGCAGCUGUAAAUUUUGGUCAGUAUGACUGGUAUUCCUGGAUUCCUAAUGCCCCUCCAACUAUGCGCUGCCCACCACCUACAAAAAAGGGGAGUGUUACCAUUGAGUAUAUCAUUGAGAGUUUACCAGACAGGGGCCGCUCUUGUUGGCAUCUUGGUGCUGUCUGGGCCUUAAGUCAGUUUCAGGAAAAUGAAGUGUUUCUGGGGAUGUAUCCAGAUGAACACUUUAUAGAGAAGCCAGUGAAAGAGGCCAUGAAGAAAUUCCGGAAGAAUCUUGAUGAUAUUACCAGUGAUAUUACUGAACGGAACAGGAACAAAAAACUCCCCUACUAUUACCUUUCCCCAGAUCAGAUUCCUAACAGUGUGGCAAUCUGAUAGUAAGACAGUGGUAGUGAGCUAGAAUAACUGUCCAUAUAUGACAAAUUAUUUAAAGGUAGAUUAUCUGGCAUUAGUGCCUCUUGGAGCUUAGUCAGUACUGAAUGGUAUAAUGGCCUUGGUUUCUAUUAGAUGUACAUCUGCUGAUAUAAUUAGUUACUACUGCUAUUCAAUAGAACUGUGUUAGAACUAAGGCAGAGUUGGGCAGCUCUGCCCCCCCCCCAGAUGUUAGUGGACUUCAGCUUCCAUAAUCCCUCCUCAUUUGCUAAAAUUACUAGGAGUGAUGGGAGCUCCCAUCCAAUAACAUCUGGAGGGGCACUAUUUUGGGCCCUUCUUUAUUACUUUUAUCUUAACAGCGUCUUUUGUAAGUAGGGAGAGUCUUAACUGAAUUGCUUUCUCUCACACACUUCUGUUGGGAGGACAAAACUGAAAGAGUUCAUAUCUGGAGAAAUUCAAUACUUCUUCAGCUUCUUUGCGAUUAUGAUUUUUUAUAUGGAGUGCGCGCAAAAUUCCAGCACACUAUCAAAAGACCUUCACACUUUACAAUAUUCCCCACAACAGCAUCCAUCUGCAAACAUCCCAUGUUUUCUUAGAGUUGCAACCAUCUUCUUUUUCUUAUUAUUUUAGUAUUAGUUGUAUUUUAUUUCUUAUUUGAGGAAACACAACUCCUUUAAUAAGGAUGGGGAAGUGAUUUAUUGAGGACGUCACACACCACAAGUGUAAUUGCCCUUAGUGUGAUUCCUUUAGCUUUUUAAAAGAUGCUUAAAAACAAGCUUUUAAAACUUUUAAUGUGGAUGGUAACCUACUGGGACACAGCACUGGGAUUCAUCACACGAUCAACACAAUCAUUACAGUGGAAGCCAAUUUUAUCAACCUACCGGUAUUUAAAAUUCUGCUUUACCCCGUCCUUAUCCUCUGUGUGAUAAUCUCCACAGUAUUGUGUGGCAGUAAAAUGGGGAGGGAGCAACUUGGAGUGCAACAAGAAAGUAGAAGAAACUAGUGUGAAGAGUUGGAUAAGAUGAUUUGUUAUUAUAAAUAUACUGCAAAGACAAGAGAAGUGAGAGAAAUGAUAGCAAAUGUACUGCUAACAUAAAAUAGGUAUUUUGUUCUUUUGCAACUUUUUUGCUUUUGCUUGGCCAAUUGGCUCUUAGAAACCUUUUCUUUUCUUUAACCCUUUCUUAAGAUGAUUUACUACAAGUUAAUCAGCAUUCAUGUUCACUGCAAGAAUUAAAAAGGACUCUAACAUGUUAACAUCAGAGUGGAUCCCUCUGUGGCAACUAUCUUGGCAUUCAAUACUCUGUAAGGAUCAUAGUUUCAGUUCUACCAUUGCUGAAGUUAAGAAAUUAUCUAUUCUAACCAUUUUCAAUUCUAUGCCAUUUUUAACAGAUUGCAGUUUUAUAAAUUGCUUUCCUUUUCAAAUCAUACUUAACUGAGUAUAUUUUGGGUACCUUGAUCUUAGAAGUCAUUAGUUCAACAGUUUCAACAGUUGUCUCAUAUUUUAGACCAUAAUAAGAAAGGUAAAGCAAGCUAAAAUUUCCUUCAGAAUUUUCUAUCAAAUUAACAAUAAGUUUUGUUAAUGUGAACAGAUUUUAAAAGUGAUGUUUUAUUUGAGUACAGAAAUGCAGACAUUCAAUCUGUAAAUCAGUUUGUUGAGAAAUUCAGCAUUUAUAAAACCAGCAAGAUGGGCCAAAUCGAGCGCUAAUAUCCAUCUGCCAAUCUCAGGAAUGGUCUUACCAGACCUUAGAUUAUUUUAAUAUGCUGUUGCUCUUAUGUUCAUGCAUAAAUGGGUAUAAGGCCCAAAACUGAAACAUUUUAGAAUACUUGAUUAUGUUGGUUACAUCUCCUCUCAAGGGACUGAAUACAAUGGUAGUCUUUAUUAUUCUUCCUUUUCUGAAUAAAAAUGUUGGUAACAAGCAUUUAUUUACUGCUAUAGCUAAUGAAACUCGCUACAGCAAAAAGUUGGCAUCCGAUAGAUGAAAUCGGCAUGGGGGUAUGUGGAGAUGAACAUGGAAUUUAGCUCUGAAUGAAAAAUUGGUGGUGCAAAGUAAAUGACCAUAAUAAGAAACAGAACAGAGAAGCAACAGAUACGUAAAUUCAUAGCCUAUUGUU